AAGGCCACCAAGCGGGGCCACCAUCUAAAUCCGCAUUAUCACUGUAUCAACUUUAUUGUAUUUUUGUGUGUGAAAAUCCCAACACAAACACUCCUCAGUCCUCACUCAUUUCACACUCACAUACAACGUACAUUAGUGUUUUAUCUUCUCCACCUGCACCAUUCUUACCUCUUCUCCAUCCCCAGGCUCUAUUAUCAUCAUCAUCUUAUCAUGUCUGCUUUUGUGUUUGCUCUCCUCUUUUUGGCCAUGGCUGGUCACUCAAAUGCUGCAUGGUGCGCUUGCAAAGGAUUGAGUGACGCAGUGUUGCAAAAGACACUGGACUAUGCUUGUGGAGCAGGGGCUGAUUGCAACCCGAUCCGUACAAAUGGGCCUUGCUUUAACCCGAAUACCGUAAGAGCUCACUGCAAUUAUGCUGUCAACAGCUAUUUCCAGAAAAAAGGCCAAUCUGCUGGAUCAUGUGAUUUUUCUGGCGCUGCCACUGUUACUGGCACUGACCCCAGUACAGCUGGCUGUGUUUAUCCUUCUACUGCGAGUAGCGGCAGUACCCCUACAACUCCGGGGACUGCGACCAGCCCCACCACAAGAACACCAUCCACAUCCACAACCACAACCACCACAGGCGGAUCUCCCUAUGUGACUAAUCCGAACACGGGCGUAUUAGGAGGUGUCAACAAUGGUUUAGGCCCAUCGAGUGCUGGCAUAAACACUGAUAUAAGUCAUGGUGGGAUUUCACUGCAAAAGGCCAGCCUGGUUUCCUUUAUAACCAUUACUAUUAUUAUUUCUGCACUUGCAUUAUUUUGAGCUGAAUAAGAGAAGCUGUUCCACUGUUUGUACUAAUAGGAUAGUUGUGGCCUAUGUUAAAAUUUCUACUAUGUGCAGAAGUGGGCAUAUUUAUAUGCAUGUGAUGUUAUUACUCUAUGAGUUGGUAUGUACUGGUUUGAAUUUGUUUUUC